UUGCUGUUGUGCUCGUUCUUGUUUGCAGGUUGCCUCUCUCUCCUGGUGACAGUGCAGGAUGUUGAACGUUACACCACCUUAUUUGCCACUGUUAUCCUCAAGUGCGACUAUAGCACCUCAGCUCAGCUGCAGGACGUGCUGGUGACCUGGCGCUUCAAAUCCUUCUGCAAAGACCCCAUCUUUGACUACUAUUCAGCCUCAUACCAGGCUGGUUUAGCUCUUGGCCAGGACCCAUCUGACAGCUGCAAUGACAGCCAGCGAAAGGUGCGCCUUGUCAUCCAGAGAUAUGGGCAGAAGGAGCCUGUGCUGGGUGUCGACUACCGGCAACGAAAGAUCACCAUUCAGAACCGGGCAGACCUUGUCAUCAGUGAGGUCAUGUGGUGGGAUCACGGCAUGUACUACUGCACUGUGGAAGCACCGGGAGAUACCUCAGGGGAUACGGACAAAGAAGUUAAGCUGAUUGUUCUCCACUGGCUCACAGUACUCCUCAUCAUUCUUGGUGGCCUCCUCCUCCUUCUGCUGAUUGGAGUAUGCUGGUGCCAGUGCUGUCCCCAGUAUUGCUGCUGCCACAUCCCAUGUGUCUGCUGCCCAACCCGGUGCUGCUGUAAUGAGGAAGCACUGGAACGGCAUCGGUUCAUGAAGCAGGCUCAGGCACUUGCACCUUGGAUGUCACCCAACAUGUUCUACAGGGGUGGCGACAGGAACUCGCAGCUUUCCUCUUACCAGCUGAACCCUCUACUGCAACAAGAUGUGUCUCAGCAAAACAGUGUUCCGCUGGUGCAGCCACAAGCUCAGCUUUUCCCUAACAAGGGUGUUUUAGACUAUCUAGAGUCUGAAAUCCAAAACAUGAAUGUGUCACAACUCCAGCCACCCUCUCACCAGCAGCAUGGCAUGCAGCCCAGCUUGCUGUCCUCCUUGGGCUCUGCGAUCAUGCGACCUCCUCUCACUGAUCAUGUCUCCUCCAUCCAUGGGAGCAGCAACUCCUCACGACUGCAGAGAGCUGCCCGCGCCCCCAGAACCUGGGAUCCUGCAGCAGAGGACAGGAGGGAAAACCGGAGGUGGCCCUUGCCUUCCAGUGGAGAUUCUCAUUCCAGCUACAGUCAGGAGCCCUGGGACAGGCAGCGAGAGGACCAUUCUCAGAGGCAGAGAGCAGGCGGCAACAAUGGCAGGGCCCAGCACUCCAGACGGGAUGUGUCACCUCCACGCCAGGCUGGGAGGGGCAAAAGCAGCAGCAGCAGCUCCAGUUUCUAUCCAGAGGAUACCAAGGAGCGCUCCAGCCACCAUCGUGGCUGGAGACAGGAGCCCGCAGAGAGGCGAGACUACCAGCACCACACCAGGAGGAGCAAUAACUCAGGUCAGCGGAGGCACAGCUACUCUCCCCCUUCUCGCCGGGGGUCGUGGAGCUCCUCAGAAGAGCAAGAUCGUCUCCCAGCGACAAACCGCAGGCGGCGGCACCAGUCUCGGGAAUGGCCAGAAGAUAAGCCCCCCAGUUACCGUUCAUUAGAAGUCAUCCCAGGCCAGGAGAAGAAGCAUAAAGGCAGCGCAGGGCCACGCUCGGUGAGUCAGCUGCUUUUUUGCUCUCCCAUCUAA